AUGGAAGUAAAAAAGACAGAUGACACUCAAAUGCUUCCCACUUCAGCGGGAGCCAUCAAGCCACUACAGUCAGAGCUGGACUUGACAGUGCAGCCGCUGCAGAUCUUUGGCUCGGCAGAUGGCGUGCCAGUCCAGAAGGAUGGGGAGCAGUUGUCCAUGGAAGACACCACGUCAAUCCUGCCGAGGCUCAAGAGGAACUCAAAUGCCUAUGGCAUCGGGGCACUGGCUAAGUCUUCUCUGUCAGGUGUGUCAGGGGUGACGCGUUCCAUGAAGGAAAGAGUGACCAAGCCCACGGCCAUGGCUCAGGGUCGCGUCGCUCACAUGAUCGAAUGGCAAAACUGGGGCAUGCAGACGGUGGGUGCAGGGGGCAUCCCCCAGUCCCGCAUCUCCACCCAGGAGCGGGAAAAGGAACGGCGGCUGGAAAACGAUGCCUACAGUGACCUCAGCGACGGAGAAAAAGAGGCCCGAUUUGCUGCAGGUAUCCUACAGCAGUUUGCGAUCUCAGAGGCAACACUUCUAGCCUGGUCAUCGAUGGAUGGAGAGAGCCCGCGGUCGGGCUCAAACCAGGGCAGUGUGGCUCAUCUGAGCGACGUCAACCAGGAGAGCAUCACGAGUCGAGAUCAAAUAUUACACCACUCGUCAGCAGAGGUUUGGCCUCACACAUACGUCUCCCAGGGCCACUACUGCCUCUCCUCCUCUGAUGCCUGGGAUCCGAUCAACAGCGAUCCCUCUGGUGUGGCAUCUCCUCCCGCCGGCUCCUACGUUAUGGGGACCGACGGGUACGACGGGCAGGCGGCAGCUCACUUCAUGUCGCAGCAACAGCAGCAGCAGUUCAAUCUCCAGCAGCAGAGUCAACUACAGCAGCUGCAGCAGAUCCAACAGAUCCAGCACUACCAGCAACAGCAGCUCCUGCAGUAUCAGCAACAACAGUCUCUGGAGCACAGGCUGCACAGCGCCAACCACUCUUUGCAAGUGACGCCCAACAGCACCAUCCACAGUCUAGUCCAUACCGUUCACCCUCCGUUAGUCGAUCUGUGGAACACAGGGCAGAUGGAGGCCUAUCAGGCGGAGGCCGGAGGCUACAUAGGUGUGGCGGCGGUGGUGGAGCCGAGCCUCUGUGUCCCCUCUGGAGAUGACAUGGUGGGAACAGAGCACUCCCCACUACUGGAGCAGCAAGAGGAGGAGGAGGACGAGGUCAAGGAGGACGAGGUGACACUGUGCAUGGAGCCAGAGUCAGUAAUGUUGACUCCACCCACACAACAAGGGGAUGCCUCGGGAGGCAGUAGUCCGGGGCAACCGCCGGCAGAGCCAAUCACAGAGCGGAAGGCCUCCGAUGUCACCUCCGGCCUCAUUCAGACACUCGAGGAGAAGGAAGAGGAGGAGGAGGAGGGGCCGGCUGCUUCCAUGGCAACCAACUGA